AUGAAGAAUAAUAGCAACAAAGGAGAAAAUAACAGCAACAAUCAUAACAAUAAAAACAAUCGGUUUCUUCCUAAUUCUUUGAAAUUCAUUUCUUCUUGUAUUAAAACCGCUUCUUCCGGUGUCCGGUCAGCCAGUGCUUCUGUUGCUGCUUCUAUCUCCGGUGACCACAACGAUCGCAAAGACCAGGUGCUGUGGGCAUCAUUUGACAAACUAGAGCUUGGUCCUGGUUCCUUUAAGAACGUUCUUUUACUUGGAUACUCCAAUGGCUUUCAAGUCAUUGAUGUUGAAGAUGCCUCUAACGUCACUGAACUUGUCUCGAGACGUGAUGAUCCAGUUACAUUUUUACAGAUGCAGCCCCUCCCUGCAAAGUCUGAGGUUUGCAAAGGAGAAGGAUAUAGAGCAUCACAUCCUUUGCUCUUGGUUGUUGCAUGCGAUGAAACAAAGAGCUCAGGUCUAGUACUCAGCGGGAGAGAUGGCUUUAAUGAGCCUCAUACGGGAAAUGUUGCUAUCUCUCCAACUAUCGUUCGGUUUUACUCACUGAGAUCUCAUAAUUAUGUUCAUGUUCUGAGAUUCCGUUCAACUGUGUAUAUGGUUAGAUGCAGUCUGCGGAUAGUUGCUGUGGGUCUUGCAACACAAAUAUACUGCUUCGAUGCUCUCACUUUUGAGAACAAAUUCAGUGUUCUCACUUAUCCUGUCCCUCAGUUGGGAGGUCAAGGAAUGAGUGGGGUUAAUAUCGGAUAUGGUCCAAUGGCUGUGGGUCCUAGGUGGUUAGCUUAUGCUUCUGACAACCCUCUGGUGUUAAACACAGGCCGUUUGAGUCCACAAAGUCUUACUCCUCCUCUGGGUGUCAGUCCGUCAAGUUCACCAGGCAGUGGGAGUCUGGUUGCUCGGUAUGCCAUGGAAUCUAGUAAGCAAUUAGCUACUGGUUUGAUAAAUUUGGGAGACAUGAGCUACAAGACUCUGUCUAGAUACUGUCAUGAUCUUAUGCCUGAUGGUUCUAGUUCUCCUGUAUCUUCAAAUUCAAGCUGGAAAGUUGGUCGUGGUGCAACACAUUCAGCAGAUUCAGAUACUGCUGGAAUGGUUGUUGUGAAAGAUUUUGUUUCCAGAGCUGUGAUAUCACAAUUUAGAGCUCAUACUAGUCCGAUUUCUGCUCUGUGUUUUGAUCCAAGUGGUACACUUCUGGUCACUGCCUCUAUUCAUGGGAACAAUAUAAAUAUUUUUCGAAUUAUGCCAUCCUGUUCUCAAAGCGGCCCAGGUGCUAAGAGUUAUGAUUGGAGCUCUUCUCAUGUGCACCUUUACAAGCUCCAUCGUGGCAUUACCCCUGCUGUUAUACAAGACAUUUGCUUUAGUCAUUACAGUCAGUGGAUUGCCAUUGUUUCAUCCAGGGGAACUUGCCAUAUUUUUGCGCUUUCCCCUUUUGGCGGUGAGAACGUUCUUCAAAUACAUAAUUCCCAUGUUGAUGGGCCAACUCUUUUGCCUGUUAUAUCCUUACCAUGGUGGUCCACUCCAUCUUUCCUGGUAAACCAGCAUUCUUUUUCUUCAUCACCACCAUCGCCUGUUACCCUUUCGGUGGUAAGCAGAAUAAAAAAUAACAACUCUGGAUGGCUCAACACAGUUAGCAAUGCUGCAUCUUCUGCAGCAGGAAAGGCGUCAAUUCCAUCUGGCGCUAUAGCUGCUGUUUUCCAUAGUUGUGUGCCCCAGGAUUCGCAACCUGCACACUUGAGAAAAGUUAACUCUUUGGAGCACCUAAUGGUUUACACUCCUUGUGGUCAUGUAGUUCAAUAUAAACUGUUGUCAUCAGUUGGGGGAGAGCAAAGUGAAAUUGCUUCUAGAAAUGGGCCAGCUUCUUCAGUGCAGAUGCAAGAUGAGGAAUUACGAGUGAAUGUUGAAUCUGUUCAAUGGUGGGAUGUUUGCCGAAGAGCAGAUUGGCCAGAAAGAGAGGAAUGCAUUUCUGGAAUCACUCGUAGGGGGCAAGAAACUAAAGAGACGGUCAUGGACAUGUCUGAUUGUGAAGAUGAUGGUAUUGGGCAUUCACAGUUGGUGAAGUCCCAUGAACCAUCUCACUUGUAUCUCUCCAAUGCAGAGGUGCAGAUGAACUCUUGGAGAAUACCUAUUUGGCAGAAAUCUAAGAUGUAUUUCUAUGCGAUGAGUCAUCUGGCGCCUAAUGAAGAGAACAUCAUUGAAGAUCAGACUGGUCAAGAGAUUGAACUAGAGAAGGUUCCUGUUCAUGAGGUUGAGAUUAGGCGGAAGGACUUACUUCCUGUUUUCGACCAUUUUCACAGGACUCCUGAAUGGAGUGAACGGGCUGUAGGUGGUGUAAGGUACUCAACUUCAUCUUCUGGAUCUCGUGGAGUUAAAGAGUCUGAAGAUGCUGUUAUUUCCCACUCCGAGCUGGUCUCAGCUCCAAAUUCAGACGGUGGAUCGUCAACAAAAUUUUAUCCCUCAAUGCUGCAAGCUGUUAAUUCUAAUAAAGCUGGUGAAGGAGGGAUUUCUUCGUUGGCAUCACCCAUUCUGUAUGAAAGCUCUAUCAACAGAGAUAGUGGUUCGAUUUCAUUCAAACAAACUCAAAUGGGUGCUUCUCCUGCUGAGAAUAGUAAUUUUAUCAAUAGCAAUGUAACAUCUUUAACAAAUGGUCCACUUGCUGCUGGAAGAAUGAUUGCUAAAGAAGUUCAGUCAUCAGAAAGUGGUGUCACCAGCGAAGCUUCAAACAUUAGUUCCAAUCGUUCUGAUUUGAGUAUGAACAUUAUUGAUGAGGGACCAGCAAAUGAUUCCUUAGAUUUUGAGCAGUUUUUUCAAGAGGGUUACUGUAAAGCAUCAGACUUGAAUGAACGUCAAGAAUCAACUGAAGUUCUUACAUUUGUGGACAACAACAGCAGUCCUUGUGAUGUAGAUAAAUCUGAGGAAGAUGGUGACAAUGACGACAUGCUUGGAGGUGUUUUUUCUUUCUCCGAAGAAGAUUUGAUUGGAUUCUCAAACUAUCUGCAUGUUGAUGUCCGUUUUCCUGUUUUCAAGUUCUGCUUAGUUGAAGGUGCUUUUCCUUACAAUUCAAUUUGUUCUGCAAAAGUCAGCCUAAUGGGGGUGGGAUAUCAGGUGGAUUGUUUUGAUUCGCAUGCACUGCGAAUUCAGGUUCUUGGUUUCAGUCCAGUUCUUAUUUGUCGGCAAGGUUCAGGGUUUGAUUUCCGCAACUGCCUUGGGGUUCCAGAAUAUUGUCUCAUAUGGACAGGGAUGACUAGUCUGGUCUGGUCUGGGCUUGGCCGGGCUACCUCCUGUGAACAGCCUUGUGCUGGGAUACACUUCCUACCAUGCCCAAAAGAAAAGAAAUCAAUGUAA